AACAUGCGCAGUCUGGAAUAUCAAACCUUGUUCAUUUCCCUCUGCAUUCUACACGUCUGCCCUCUCUGUGAAGCACGCCCCCUAAGGAAGAGGACGGUGAGUGAGGUCCAGCUCAUGCACAACCUCGGGGAGCUGAAGCAGGUGCAGGAGCGCCGGGAGUGGCUGCAGCUCCGGCUCCGGGGCAUCCACGGCGGGCCGGCCCGGGCCAGCAGCGGGGAGGCCGGCCGCAGGAGGAGGCCGCGGCCCGAGGAGCUGCCCGACCUCAGAGACAUGACGCCAGAGGACAUCCAGUCCGCUCUGGACGUCCUGGAGAAGCUCCUCAAGUCGAAGAAGUCAUAA